CUGUAGAUCUGCAUCUCUGAGGGAAAAUCGGUCGUCAUGGAAUGGAAUGAAGACGAUGAAGGAGGCACCAAUGGGAGCCUCAGCUCCAUCUUCCUCGCGUCUCUUUAACACAAUCGUCGCCCGGAUUCAACGUCGGGAUUCAACGCCCAGAUACAACACCGAGAAUCUCUUGACGUCGGGGUUUCAUCGCCUUCUCUUCUCUUUCCAGAAGCUAGGUACCCUGGAAUUCCUCACAUCCCUGCAAUCGAGCACUCACGGUACUCAACAUAAUUGGCACCCGGGGAUUUGCGAGGCCGAACUGAAUGAAGGGGAAGAAGUGCAGCGGAGGAUGGAUUUGCGGGAUUUCCGGAUUAAGUGUUGGGGGAAGAAGUGCAGUGGGGAAGAAGAUUUUGCAAAGGUCAUAUUCGGCAGGGGACGACGGAAGUGUUGGAGAAGAAGUACAGCGGGGAAGAAGAUUUUUGUUAAGAAAAUUGUUGUUCUUCUUUUUCUCUUCUUUUUGUUAAUAAUUUUUUUUUCAUAAAUAAUCUGAUUUGUCAGCUGACGUGGCCAUCACAUAUGUGUCACGUAACCAACGAUCAACAUCUCACUGAUGAUCGUUAGGUCAACCGUUAUCUUUAACGACAAACGAAAUCGUCAGAACAUAAAUGACACACAACUAUUAUACGUCAGGACACAAAUGUCAUAUUGAAUAGUUCGGGACACAAAUGACACAUUCUUG